AUGCUGGAGAAGGUAACACCAAAGAUGAAUAAUUCCAAUUACUUUUACAACUUUGGCUAUCGAGGUUCUGUGAGUCUGUCAACAAAAUAUGGAGAUAGAAGAAAUCUCGGUGUAUCUCAUCAAGAUGAACUUUUAUAUCUAUUUCCAAUAAAUUACGAAUCGUUUAAAACAACAAAUGGCAAUUUCAGUCAAGUUGAUGAAAAAAUUAGCCGAAUAAUGGUUGAUUUUUGGACAUCGUUUGCAACAAAUGGAAAACCAACUUCUAACGAAUUGUUGAAUUCAAAUUUGUGGCAAGCAUAUUCACCAAGUACAACGGCUCAUAUUCAAAUCGGAAAUGUUAGAAAUAAUCGAGAUCCAACUGUAUCAAUGUCAAAGAAUUAUUUUACAGAAAGAAUCAAUUUUUGGAGGAAGAAUGCUCCUGUAUGA